AUGCUGUUACGGCCGUCUCAGCGACAGCGCUCCACUGACUCCUCCGACGAGCUCGCAAACCUUCGCGUGGGUGGACCAGCAAACGAUGAGUCGUAUAUGUCAAAAUACCAGCCUUUUCAAUAUCGACCCAUACCAGGUCAAGGCUACAUCCGGCUGCUUCACCUGAAGCCCGUAUGUGCUCACCCCGGCGAGUUGCGAGGCUCCCUCGUGCUUCACAGACUGAACGAGCACUGUGUCUAUGAAGCCAUUUCCUAUGCCUGGGGCGAGUUCUCGAGCUUCAACCAAGUCAUCCUGUUAAACGGCAAAGUCUUGAAGAUAACGGACAAUCUGUAUGCCGCACUCAUGGCGUAUUGUCGCUCCCACCGGGAUAGAGUGCUCUGGGCGGACGCUAUAUGUAUAAAUCAAGCAGACACCGCCGAGAAAGCUCAACAGGUUGCGCUCAUGGCUGAGAUUUACAGCAUGGCAAAGCUCGUACAGGUCUGGCUCACAUUACCAUCCGAGUGGACAAUGGAUGCAAUGAAGUAUAUAAAAGACCUCUCUGCAAAGGCGGACAAAUUUGGCAUCAGCAAAGACGUCGGCCAGCCAAGAGUCGUUGGAGGCUGGCCAACUGUCGACAUUACGAGUAGCGAAUCUGAAAAACUUAUACAUGACGCUAACAAACACCACGUCGACUUUCUACUUUGGCGCCCUUGGUUCAACAGAGUAUGGGUCGUCCAAGAAGUUGCUUUGGCGAAGGACCUCGUUGUCUCAUGUGGACAUACUACUCUGGCCUGGACCGAUCUGGCGCGCGCUUUGGAAGUACUGCGAGGUGCGUACAGGAAAAUACGAACAGGAACUGAUCGAUCACGCAUGGAAGGACUCAAACCCGCCUGGGCACUUGCGAAGCACAGAGACGAAUGGAGGAUGGUGGAUCAACACCUUGACCGAGACCACCAUUUCUCGACGAAUAUGGUGGGGGAUCAAAUGAGGAACAAGGCGUGUACUGAUGACCGCGACAGAGUAUACGCGAUGCUCGCCAUGACGAAAUCGCCCCACGUGGGGAUGGAGCCGGAUUACACGAAAACGGUGGCCGAAGCAUAUACAGAAUUCACGAGAAGAUACUCGCCCAACACACAACUCCACUUUGCCGGUCUAGCUCGAAGGCAGCCUACGACUUACCAGGGAACUAGUGAUGAUCCUAGACACACGCACCCCGCGACUGAAGGCAGCGAAGGACCUACACUCGACAUAACAGAUCGUAACUACCUUCCUUCAUGGGUCCCAGAAUUCCGUCCAGACAGGAAUCUCGCAUGGGUAUCGCCCUGCACAGGACAUUACACCACGGCCCGCCUUGCCCCAAUCUACUUCCUCUCGCAUCCCGGAACCCCCAAGAUCAUGCUCGCCACAGGCACCCUGGACCUCCACCAUGAAAGCCCCCCACUGCUUCCACUCCCCAGCCUUCUUCUUCCCCUCGUCGACCUCCUAACCACCCUCCUCACCUCCCCACCCCAAUGGGGCCCCACCGUCUCAGAACCUCCGCCCAUCCAACUAGCCAAAACGCUCACCUCCGGCGUCGCAGACUGCAAAGGCGCGGAAUCCAUCCUCAAAAACUACCACUUCAUCCGCGACCUUACGCACCUCGUUCCCGGCUCUCUCCCCUGGCUGACGACCAUCUGGACCGCUUUCACAACGCACUGCCUCGAGCCCACCGGCGAAAUGUACAAAGCUGUUCUCCUCAAGGCGCUCAGCAGCCCUAAGCUAAACACAGACAAAGACACACAUAUCGAUCCGCACACCUUUUCCUCCCCCGACGCUAAAAUCGCAUACGCCUUCACGAAUUACCUCGCUAAUAUACUCGUUCCGAACCGCCUGUUCGCCACAUACGGCGGACGGAUCGGGCUGGCGCCUAGCAUGGCGGCGCUGGGCGAUUUGCUCGUUGUUAUAAACGGGUAUGGUAAUCUGGAUUCUAAGAAGCUUGUUCUCGUCGCAUUGAGCCAUUACGACGAGAAGGAGAAUGAUUCAGUGUAUGAUGAGUUAAAGACGGUUUACCCACCUACUGGCACCAAGCCAGAUGUAGACGAAGAUGGCAAAGUUAUAGUUGGUAUAAUCAGCAUGACCUUGGAGCUCGAUCCCAAACGGCAUGGACAGUACCAACCCGAAGAACCGGAUGCUACAAAGCCGCCCGAGGACCCGGACGACAGGAAGAGAGACAUCUGUCUAAAAGCGUUCAAAAUUCUUGAUAAGGCGCUGAAGGGACCCGGGGAGAAAUGGCUCACCAACCACAUGGAGAUAUUGUCUAUUGGCGCGCAUCCCGGCUAUUGGAAACGUGGUCAUGGCCAUGAGCUCACACGAUGGUUGCUUGAGCUGGCUGAUACGGACAAGGUCCCGACAUGUGUGAGCGUGUCGCCCAUGGGAUCCAAAGUCUUCAACAGCCUUGGCUUCGUAGAGAAAGAACUGGUCGUCCUUGAGGGUCAUGAUCUUCAUCCGGAGCCCAUCGACAUCUCGUUUGAACAGAGACCUGUGUACGAGGAUGAGUCCGUGAAGGGCCAGCCUUAG